CUUUAAGGCGGCGCAGGGACUGCUGGGAAGGCCGGCGGGAUGGAGGCGGUGGGACCCGCUCACGGCUGCGGGUCCGGGUGAAGCGGGGCGGGAGCCGGAACCUGAGCAGGAGCGGGUCCGAGCGGAAGGCGUAGGACAGCCCCCCCACCUCCAGCCCUCCCUGUCCUGGCUAGGGGAGUACCCGGGAAGUCCUGAGACUGAGCCGCCUCAGCCGGCCUGAGCCGGUGGUCUGGGCCGAAUCCGGAUCCAACCUCACCGGCCUCACCGCAUUGCGUCUCCCGGGCCGAGACGAGCUUGGGCGCGCCCCCUGUAGGCCGAGCGCGGGCACGGCCCGGCACGCGCCUGCCCGCCCCCUCGCCUCCACAGGCGGCACGCCAUGGCUACGAUGGUGCUUCCGCGGGAGGAGAAGCUGAGCCAGGAUGAGAUAGUGCUGGGCACUAAGGCCGUCAUCCAAGGCCUGGAGACCCUGCGCGGGGAGCAUCGUGCCCUUCUCGCUCCCUUGGUAGCUCAUGAAGCUGGCGAGGCGGAGCCCGGCUCACAGGAGCGAUGUGUCCUCCUGCGUCGCUCCCUGGAAGCCAUCGAGCUGGGUCUGGGGGAGGCCCAGGUGAUCCUGGCGCUGUCGAGCCACCUGGGGGCUGUGGAGUCAGAAAAGCAGAAGCUGCGGGCUCAGGUGCGGCGCCUGGUGCAGGAGAACCAGUGGCUGCGAGAGGAGCUGGCUGGGACACAGCAGAAGCUGCAGCGCAGUGAGCAGGCUGUGGCCCAGCUCGAGGAGGAAAAGCAGCACUUGCUGUUCAUGAGCCAGAUCCGCAAGCUGGAUGAGGACACAUCCCCCAGUGAGGAGAAGGGGGACGUUCCCAAAGACUCUCUGGAUGACCUGUUCCCCAACGAGGAGGAGCAGAGCCCAGCCCCCAGCCCUGGAGGAGGAGAUGUGGCUGCCCAGCACGGGGGCUAUGAAAUCCCAGCACGGCUCCGCACCCUGCACAACCUAGUGAUUCAGUACGCCUCCCAGGGCCGCUACGAGGUGGCCGUGCCACUCUGCAAGCAGGCACUUGAGGACCUGGAAAAGACCUCAGGCCACGACCACCCUGAUGUCGCCACCAUGCUGAACAUCCUGGCUUUGGUCUAUCGGGACCAGAACAAGUACAAAGAGGCUGCUCACCUGCUCAACGAUGCCCUGGCCAUCCGUGAAAAGACACUGGGCAAAGACCACCCGGCUGUGGCUGCAACACUAAACAACUUGGCAGUUCUGUAUGGCAAGCGGGGCAAGUACAAAGAGGCCGAGCCACUGUGCAAGCGGGCACUGGAAAUCCGAGAGAAGGUCCUGGGCAAGUUUCAUCCGGAUGUGGCCAAGCAGCUGAGCAAUCUGGCCCUGCUGUGCCAGAACCAGGGCAAAGCUGAGGAGGUAGAAUACUACUACCGGAGGGCCCUGGAGAUCUAUGCCACACGCCUUGGGCCUGAUGACCCCAACGUGGCCAAGACCAAGAACAACCUGGCCUCCUGCUACCUAAAGCAGGGCAAGUACCAGGAUGCAGAGACCCUGUACAAGGAGAUCCUCACCCGCGCUCAUGAGAAGGAGUUUGGUUCUGUCAAUGGGGACAACAAGCCCAUCUGGAUGCAUGCAGAAGAACGGGAGGAGAGCAAGGACAAGCGCCGGGACAGCACCCCCUAUGGAGAAUAUGGCAGCUGGUAUAAGGCCUGUAAAGUAGACAGCCCCACAGUCAACACUACCCUGCGCAGCUUGGGGGCCCUGUACCGGCGCCAGGGCAAGCUAGAAGCUGCACAUACACUGGAGGACUGUGCCAGCCGCAGCCGCAAGCAGGGCCUGGACCCCGCAAGCCAGACCAAGGUGGUGGAACUGCUGAAAGAUGGCAGCGGUGGGCGGGGAGACCGCCGGGGCAGCCGAGACGUGGCGGGGGUUGCCGGGGCACGGCCUGAGUCUGACCUCGAGGAGGCAGGGCCUGCAGCUGAGUGGAGUGGGGACGGCAGUGGCUCCUUGCGGCGUAGCAGCUCCUUUGGGAAGCUCCGAGAUGCCCUGAGGCGUAGCAGUGAGAUGCUCGUGAAGAAGUUGCAGGGUGGUAGCCCCCAGGAGCCUCCUAACCCCAGGAUGAAGCGGGCCAGUUCCCUCAACUUCCUCAACAAGAGUGUGGAAGAGCCAGUCCAGAAACCUUUCCAGCUCUGUGCCAGGCCUGGCUUUGGGCUGGACACUGGGAAGACAAAUGAGGGAAACCAAGCUCCUGCAUGGGGUGGACAUGCAAGUGGCCAGUGCCAACACAGUGAUGCGUGGAGGUGGGCGGGAGUGCCAGAGCAUCAGGACAUGGUCAGGGGCUCAGCUCAGGGACUCUGGCUGCUGGGGCCCCUUCUGGCCAGGGAAGUACAGCCUGGCAGCAGCGCGAAGCUGAGCCACCUGGCCCCUCUGCCCACAGCCUGGAGGCACAGGCUUCUCUGACAGCCGCACCCUCAGCUCCAGCUCCAUGGACCUCUCCCGACGAAGCUCCCUCGUGGGCUAAUCCUGAAGGGGCAGCGCCAGAGCCUCCACCCAGCACUGCCCCCAUCCCCAGCCCUUCGCAUGGGCCUGCUGCUUGCCCCACCUGUCUCUCCCAAGGACCCCCGUCUUUUCUGUUCAAUCUCAGGGUAACCUCCUCCCUUGUCAUCUCAGCCUAAGCUCUGGAGGCUGGGCCUGCCCGCUCCAGCUCUACCCCUUAUUUAUUCCAUCCAGCAGGGCCCCCUCUUUAGGUUCAGGGCCAGGUGAGGGACUGGCCAGGGUCUCCAAGGUAGAGACUCAGUGGCCCGCCCUCCCCAGGCCUCCGAGCCAACACUAAGCACCUGCCGUCCCUUCAGCACUCCUGCCCUCCUGCCCCCCGGCCGUUGCUUCUGUAUAUAGAGAAAUAAGUUAUUGGCCGCGCCCCUCCCCUCAGUCCACGGUACUGCCCUGUUCUCCCCUCAUCCUGCCCUUCUCUAGUGGUACCGCCCAGGCCUUAAUCACCCCCCAUUCCGCGCGGUGGUAUCUUCCAGGCUCUACAUCUCGGGGGCGGCGCCUCCCCAAAGGGUUCCCUGGGCCUUCUCGCGCUCCUCCUGGCCUCUGAGGGACGAGUUGAGCCCCACCAUCGCCCUGUGCCCCAGGACGGAGAGCCCUCCCCUUGCCGGUCCUCUCACCGCCGGGCCCUGCCCAGCAUCCCGGCCUUAUGCACUGCCCCUCCCGCCCGGCCCCGCCCAGGCACGGCCUGACUCCGCCCCGGGCACCGCCCGUCGAGCCAUCCUGCCACGCCUCUUCCCACGCCUGCCGCUUCUCGCUAGGGGCAGUGAUGGCCCCUGUGGCAGGAGGGGCUGCCCCAGUUGGGGGGGUGAGGCGGUCGCUCUCUAUUUUCAAAUGUUGCUGUAGAAAUAAAGACCGUUUGAAUCUGA